ACUAAACGAUGUUGCACUGUCGACAACGAACAGCUUGUAUGACGUCAUUAUCGGUAAAGAAAACGCUUUAGUGUUGCACUCCUUGCACUAGUGUGCACUAGUUCAGUAGUGCAGUGACAACGAACAAACCUUAUGCACUUUCGAUUGUCAAGGGAAAAGGCAUAUGGACUAGUCAAUCAAUAUAGGAUAUCUGAUAUAUUUAUGUCUCUGCAAGAUGAUGCUGGGCGUCCUAACAUAACAGCAGAAAAACAUAUAUUGUGUUAUCUGUGGUUUGUAGGACACGAAAGUGCAUCUUACCGUGAUGUUGCUGAUCGAUUUGAUGUGACAUUAAAUAGUUUAUAUAAUAUAAUAAGUAGAGUCACACAAUUUAUAAUGUUAUUAGCGCCUAACAUCAUAAAAUAUCCGACAUUAGCGGAAAAAGAAGAAAGCGCAACAUUUUAUAGAGCAAAAAACGGAUAUCCUCGCAUAAUUGGUGCUAUUGAUGGUUCACAUAUUAGGAUAGAUAAGCCAAUAGAAGACCCAGAAUCCUAUAUUAAUAGAAAACAAUAUUUUUCAUUACAUCUGCAAGGCACAGUGAACCAUAAAAUGAAAUUUAUAGAUGUUUUUAUAGGAUACCCAGGAUCAGUCCAUGAUGCGAGAGUUUUUAAAAAUUCAUCAUUGCGUAACGAUUUACAUGAAUUGUGUGCAGAUAAUUAUGUUUUACUUGGAGAUAGUGCGUACCCAUGUUUAAAAGAAUUGAUCGUACCAUAUAAAGAUAAUGGACAUUUGUCGCGUGCACAGAGGAAUUUUAAUCAAAAACACAGUUCCUGUAGAGUAGUAAUUGAAAAUGCAUUUGGGUGUCUCAAGCAACGUUUUAGACAAUUGUACCAUUUUAAAUUGCGUAAUAUGGUACGUAUGGUACGCGUAAUACACGCAUGCUGUUUGCUUCAUAAUAUAGCAAAUGAAGAAGAUUUGCAAUAUCUUGAAGCACCUAUGAACGAUCAGCAUCCUGACAUAGAAGCACAAAAUUUACUCUACCACAUUGAUGAAGUAGCACAAGAACAGGAAAGUGGAACACAUAUCCGAGAUGAAAUAUGUCAAUUACUAGCUGAGCAAUAAGACAAAAACAACUGUUUCUUUAUA